AAAAGUCGCAGACCGUCAACCAUCGCGAGGUAAGAGCCAGACUUGCUGCCCAUUUGAUCAGCCGGAGCUUGACGGACUGAUCGCUAAUCCUCCUUCUUUGUCAACCCAGUCUUCCCCGGCAAAGAUGUCUUCUUUCGAGUCUGUGGUCGUCAUCGACGGCAAGGGCCACCUCCUCGGUCGCCUCGCCAGCAUCGUCGCCAAGCAGCUCCUCAACGGCCAGAAGAUCGUUGUUGUCCGCUGCGAGGCCCUCAACAUCUCUGGCGAGUUCUUCCGCGCCAAGCUCAAGUACCACUCGUACCUGCGCAAGAUGACCCGGUACAACCCCACUCGCGGUGGUCCCUUCCACUUCCGCGCUCCUUCCCGCAUCUUCUACAAGGCUGUCCGCGGCAUGAUUCCCCACAAGACUGCCCGUGGCGCCGCUGCCCUUGAGCGCCUCAAGGUCUUCGAGGGUGUCCCUCCCCCCUAUGACAAGAAGAAGAAGAUGGUCGUUCCCCAGGCUCUCCGUGUCCUGAGACUCCAGCCCGGUCGCAAGUACUGCACCGUUGGCCGUCUCAGCUCUGAGGUCGGCUGGAAGUACGAGGAUGUUGUUGCCAGACUCGAGGAGCGCCGCAAGGCCAAGGGCGCCGCCUACUACGAGCGCAAGAAGCUCGCCGCCCGCCAGCUUUCCGAGGCCAAGAAGAGCGCCAAGGUCAACGACAAGACCGCCGAGGCUCUCAAGGAGUUUGGUUACUAGAGAUAGUAACUGUUGCUUCGUCGACUUUUUAUCCUUUGUGCGUUUUCACUCUAGAUUGGCGCGGUUCAGGGCAUCAUCAACAUCUGCGAGGAAAUGUGGAGGAGUCAGUGGCUUUCCGACUCGCUGUUUGUCCCAGGCUUGGGACCUCAUACGAAUAAAUGAUGAGAUCACACAACCAAUGGAGAGA